GCAUCACAUAAUUUUUUUUUAAAAAUGGAGUAAGAUAUAUAUAUUGGGCAGGUUCCAAGCUGUGUCGAGCGGUCAUUUUGAGAUAUUCCUCCGUCUUUUGGAGUGAUUUUAGUGUUCUUCUUCGUUUAACAUCGGUUGAACCUUGAAAGAAAUGGCUGAAGGUGGAGAAGAGGACUUGCCAAGGGAUGCAAAGAUUGUCAAAACGUUGCUAAAAUCAAUGGGUGUUGAUGACUACGAGCCUCGAGUUGUGCAUCAAUUUUUGGAACUGUGGUAUCGCUAUGUUGUUGAUGUACUAACGGAUGCUCAAGUCUACUCAGAGCAUGCAGGGAAGGUUUCCAUUGACUCUGAUGACAUCAAGCUUGCCAUUCAGUCAAAAGUUAAUUUCAGCUUCUCACAACCCCCGCCGCGUGAGGUCCUACUGGAGUUGGCUAGGAACAGAAACAAGAUUCCAUUGCCGAAAUCAAUUGCGGGGUCUGGAGUACCACUCCCUCCUGAACAAGAUACACUGAUCAACCCUAACUAUCAGCUAGCUAUUGCAAAGAAGCAAACUAGCCAACCAGAAGAAACAGAGGAGGACGAAGAAAGGGCCGAUCCCAACCCAGCUCCAAGCAAAAAUCCAAGUCUUUCUCAUGAAAAGACAGACGUACCUCAAGGUACUCCUCAACGAGUAUCCUUUCCCCUUGGCGCUAAACGUCCAAGAUGAUGUCUUAUGCUUGAUCAGCUUUAGUCACAAGAGCCUUUGUAACCGUCUGCCUAUGUAUUUAAUCAAAGGCAUUGUAUACUUGUUGUUUAAACAUGAAGUAUGAAACUUUAAGAUCCUUUUGUAACAGUGAGUGUAUCCUUUCCCCUUGGCGCUAAACAUCCAAGAUGAUGUCUUAUGCUUGAUCAGCUUUAGUCACAAGAGCCUUUGUAACCGUCUGCCUAUGUAUUUAAUCAAAGGCAUUGUAUACUUGUUGUUUAAACAUGAAGUAUGAAACUUUAAGAUCCUUUUGUAACAGUGAGUAUUAGUUUAAAUGCUCCUCCUUCCAGUAUUUAUUAGACACAAUUAACAGAGUUGAGCUGUGAAAUGAAGAAUUACCUUGGCAUUAUCAAUAGUUUUCCAACAUAUUCAUUUGAUAA